CUUUCUCCUUAAUAUAUACACAAUACAUAUAUACCACAUCUUCUUAUUAUUUACACUGUAAUAUUAUAUAUUCUUAUGGCGUUUCAAAGAUUUCUCUUGUUGGUUUCAGUGCUGUUACUAUUUUCUUGCUUUUUAUCAUCUUCUCAAGCUUACAAAUUCAACGUUGGUGGAAGUGAUGGCUGGGUUUUGAACCCUUCUGAGAAUUUCAAUCACUGGGCUGAAAGAAACAGAUUCCAAGCCAAUGACACCCUUUAUUUCAAGUAUAAGAAAGGCACGGACUCAGUGUUGGUGGUGAACAAAGAUGACUACAACAACUGUAACACAAAAAACCCUAUUCAGAAACUUGAAGAUGGAGAUUCCGUGUUCAAGUUUGACAGGUCUGGCCCUUUCUUCUUCAUCAGUGGCAAAUAUGGAAGCUGCCAGAAGGGACAGAAGCUCAUCGUCGUCGUUUUGGCCGUCAGGCCGAAGCCUAACACUCCUCCGGCCGCCGGAGCUCAUCCUCCGGUGACUGCUCCCGUGCCUUCGAGUUCACCAUCAAGCUCUCCGUCUCCGUCGUCGUCGAACACUCCAACUACAGCUCCGGUUCAAGCUCCGACCGGUUCUUCGGCGAUAACUCCGUCGCCGUUGUCCAAUUCUCCGGCCACGUCACCGGCUUCAGCUCCGUCGGGAUUAUCGCCCUCGCCAUCGUGGAAUUCUCCCACGGGAUCACCGGUGCAAGCUCCGUCGGCAUUUUUGCCAUCGCCGUCUUCAAAUUCUCCGACCGGAUCACCGGUGCAAGCUCCGUCGGCAUUUUUGCCAUCGCCGUCUUCAAAUUCUCCGACCGGAUCACCGGGGCAAGCUCCGUUGCCAUUUUCGCCAUCGCCGUAUUCAAAUUCUCCGACCGGAUCACCGGGGCAAGCUCCGUUGCCAUUUUCGCCAUCGCCAUCCACCAAUUCUCCGGCCAGCUCGCCGGUGUCAUCUCCUCCCGCGCCGUCUCCGACAACCGAGACGCCUCCUCCGGCUUCAUCACCCUCUCCGACGACACCGUCGACCGCGCAGCCGACUCCGACACCGACCGGAGGUGAGUCUUCGCCGGCACCGGGUUCUGAGAACCAAAACUCAACGAAGUCAAAUGCCGUGACCCUAGCACCGUUGGUCAUGUCUUCUUCCCUUGCAGUUUUAGUCCCUUUGGUUCUCUUUUGGACUAUAAUUUUCUAAAGUGGCAAAUAAUAAUUUUAGCGAGAAGAGGGGCUUUUCAUGUGUGAUUAUUAUUAUUAUUAUUAUUAUUAUUAUUAUUUUGAUAACGCAA